CAUACAAACAGUGCGAAAAAACCUUUUGUUUAGAAAUGUUGAAGCAUGUUGAAAUGCUUUCCUUACAAAAUAAGUAUCUUAAGUUUUUACCAUUCAACAAUACCGCUCAUUUGAUUCGAAUCCCAAAUGCAGCUAAGUUUUUAAGAUAUUUUAGCAAAGAUAACUGCAAUGGUAAGCAAGCUCAAGCAAAGAAGUUAAGUUUAAAAAAUGUCGAUGUGGCUGGAAAAAGAGUUUUUAUGAGAGUGGACUUUAAUGUACCCAUGAAAGAUGGUAAAAUAACAAACAACCAACGUAUUGUGGCCGCCCUUCCAAGUAUUAAAUAUGCUUUGGAUAAGAAGUGUAAAUCUUUGGUUUUGGCCUCCCACUUGGGACGUCCUGAUGGCAAAAAGGACAAGAAAUUCAGCCUGGAGCCGGUGGCCAAGGAGCUGGAGAAGGUGCUGGGAAAGCCGGUUUGCUUCCUUGACGACUGUGUCGGUGAUCAGACCCUGGAAGCUCUUAAGGAUCCGCCCGAGGGUAGUGUCCUGCUGCUGGAGAACCUUCGCUUCUACGCCGAGGAAACGGGAAGCAGCAAGGACGAGAACAAGAAAAAGGUCAAGGCCGAUCCCCAGAAGGUCAAGGAGUUCCGUGCCAAGUUGGCGCAGCUGGGCGAGAUCUAUGUAAACGAUGCCUUCGGAACAGCCCAUCGUCCUCAUAGUUCCAUGAUGGGCGAUGGUUACAAGGUGCGUGCUGCUGGUUUCCUCUUGGACAAGGAACUGGAGUACUUUGCCAAGGUCCUUCAUAAUCCGGCGACGCCCUUUUUGGCCAUUUUGGGUGGAGCCAAGAUAGCUGAUAAAAUUCCCCUGAUCACCAAUCUCUUGAAUAGCGUAUCCGUUAUGAUCAUAUCCGGUGGCAUGGCCUUUACAUUUCUAAAAGUCCUCAACAACAUGGAGAUUGGAAAAUCCCUCUUUGACGAGAAAGGAGCCAAGAUGGUAAAUGACAUAGUCUGCAAGGCAAAGGAGAAGAAUGUGAAUAUAAUAUUUCCGGUGGAUUUCGUUAUUGCCAACAAGAUCGACAAGAAACCAGAUAAAAUCGAUCGUGUUGAUGGCCAACAGGGUAUACCAAAAGAUAUGAUGGGUCUGGAUCAUGGGGAGUUAUCCAGUGCAGUGUUUGCAGGCGCCAUUUGUGCAUCCAAAACCAUCGUGUGGAACGGACCGCCGGGUCUAUUCGAAAACGAGCUAUUCUCCCAGGGUACCCAGUCCAUGUUGGAGGCGGUCAUUGGAGCCACAAAGCGGGGAGCCACCACAAUUGUGGGCGGAGGAGAUACGGCCACAGCUUGCUUGAAGUUCGGUGGAGCAGACAAGGUCUCCCAUGUGUCCACCGGAGGUGGAGCUUCGCUGGAGCUGCUGGAGGGAAAGGUCCUGCCAGGUGUGGCUGCUCUCUCAGAUGCCUGAAAACAAAUCUUUACAAUCCUUAUUCUCCUCAAUUUACACAGUUCAAUUGAAAAUAUAGUAAUGAUCUAAAAAUA